AUGGAGGGAGACCGACCGUUUCAGGUGUACGCCCUUGUUCGUCGAUCACCUGAGCUGACGCAGUUCACCAAAAUACCAUCAGUGCGUCUAUUUUUGUGGGUAUUUGGACGACUGAAUUUGCUCUACAGUGCAGGAUUCGGAUUUUUGUCGUUCGGUCUUGGUGAAAACAAAAUACUGGAUUGGGUUACUGUUCAGCCUGUCAAAUCUCUUUACUUCAUCGGCUAUAUCUUCUACUUUAUAAUAUGGCCAAUACUCCAUCAAGUGCUUCUCAACGUUCUCCCACUAAGAAAAGAAGAAGACAGGUGUCCAACCACAACUGAAGUGACAACAAAGACGUCGUGA